CAUGUACGUACUUGAUGUGCACGAUGGAGGAAUUGUCCGGCGGCCCGCACCAGAGGUGACAAAGGAGAUAUUUGCACCCCCCGGUUGUGACGAUGUGGACCGCGGUCGCCUUCAUAUGAGGGGCAGCGUGGUCGAGUGGAGAAUAGCCCAUGGACACGUGCUCGAUCGAACGUUCAAGUUUCCGCAGGAUGUGCUCGACAUUGCGUUCGUCGACUUCAACGGACAAAACGACGACGUGGGGCACAGCGUGUGCGUUCUCGCCAAGCCUGAUCGUAUGACGGUCAUCUCUCCAUCCGGUUCCAUCGUGGACGUGCCACUUCCAUUUCAAGCCACGUCGAUCUGGGCCAUGCAACGCGGGGUGUUGCUUGAGCGAUCCAAGUCCCCUCCGUCGUCGGGAAACACACCCGUGCUGUUCAGUUUGAUGCACCCUCUGGAUGAAAUUAAACCCGUCAUGAUGCAUGUCGAUGCGUCGCAACGUCCCGAAGACUGGGCGUUCGUGACCGAUCCAGUCGAGACACUCGUGUACGUCGACGCCGCUGACCCACCCUUUCUGGCGUUCUACCAUCCCCACCGUCGUACCUACCGCGUCAAGUCCUUGGUACCCAUCGCCGCCAAAGUUAGCUCCAAGUCCACGUCGAUCGUACCUGAGCUUGCCCUCCAUCAGAUUUGGGAGAGUCCGCGCAUCUCGAUGUCGUCGGACAUAAGCCCGUGCAAGCUUUUUGUCGUUUCCGAUGCAAACUCGUUGCGUGUGCUUUGCCUCUUCAAUCCGUCCCGCUGCGAACUGUGCAUGCAGCCUCUAGACCAAGCCAUCAUGGCCAGCACGAAGCAGACCCAUCCACGAGAAGCUUCCUUCGCGCGACUAACUCUCCUUCGUUGUCGAUUGGCGUGUCCUGUUUUGGGCAAGCGCACCGCGUGGACUCCAUCCUGGGCGAAGAACCUCGUGGUCCUCACCCCCGAGAAUGAAUGGAUUUUGUACCAAGGAGACCGCAAAAUCUGCCGGCUCGGCCUGCCGACAGCCAUUCGCUCGUUCGAUGACAUCAUGGAGCUCAGGGAAUGUCCUGUUGCCGAUACGUUGGAGGUCCACACGUCGACCAACGAUCCGUGUCGGGUCAAGAUUCCGCUGGACUUUACCUGUGCGUUGCUCGGUCGCAUCUUCGACUGCAUGGCUGUCCAACUCCCGCAACACUUGGCGCUGAAGUGGCGGGGAGCUGUUCGGUCCGCGCCGCAGACCGACUGGGAUGCAUUCACGUCGCUCCUUCGAGUUAGUGCAAUCCCCUUGGAUGGUGAACCAUCCAAGGCAGCUGCCCCCACAGCAUCCAAGGAACCUGGAGUGUACGAACAGCUGAUUGCAACGUUAACGUUCCGGUGGCUGGCUCACGACCAACCGAAGAUCUUUGGUCAACCACGUCGAGACCUUGACUCUAUCGUGCCAGCGACGACAUGGGACCUGGACCUCGUUCACGAGCUUCGCUGCCAACUGCCAACCAUCUUUUCAACUUUACACGCGCUUUACGAAGACCUGAAGCUUUCGACGAGCUCUCUUUCAUGGCUUGGUCCAUUGGGCACUGUCUUGCAUUCAGUGGCAUUGGCAACAGGACUGGUUGCUUAUGCCCAGCAUUACGUCGCAGACCUUGGCCCAUUGAACAACUCGAAGAACGAAGCCGCCGCCCCGUUCGAAUCUCCCUCCUUCCCACUGUCACCGAGUCCCUCAACCGAACAAUGGACAUCGUUGGCAUCGACAUCGCCACCUUGUAUCUACGGAUGGCUGCAGCAUCGGAUGGCGAUAUUUUACUACAAUCGCGUGAACCGACAUCGGACCCGCCGCCCCCCGGAAUUCUCGACCUCACCUCUCUUUUCACGUACUCAACACGUAGUGGCGCUGUUUUGCAAGCUGUACCCAGCUAUCAACACCGAUGCCGCCAUCGACAAUCGCCAGCCCAGCCCCUGGCUACAUUACGUUCGCGCCCAAGGUGUCGUCCACCAUCUUGUCACCAUUCCUUCGUUCGAGCACUUGAUGGAUGACCUUCCCGACGGCGUCGCGCUUCCUCUGCGAUACGCGCGUACGAUUUGCACCCAUGCACCGGGAGACCUGUGGGAUGCUGCCACGUGCCACGUGAUUCAACGCCCAGAUUGGGUUGGUCUCGGCCGUCAUGACGGCGCUAUUCGGUCCGCCGCGCCACCUCGUCCGUUGAUGGCGGACGACGACGGAUUCGAUGAUGUUCUCCACUGGCACGCGCCGCUUUUCCCAAAGGACCACCGCUUGAAAGAAGUCGCGCGUUUGCUCCGAUCGAACAAAAUCAUGUACUUAAAAAUCCCGAAAGAUCCGACCAUGUCCGACGCCGAUGUGAUCAACAUGCAGCAAGCCAGACUGCUCCUCCUUUGCAAACGGUCCAUGGCGUUACCCGUGGCCAGAGGGAUGGUCACGUUUGGAAGCCUCGCUUUGCACCACGCAUCGACUUCGUUGACGUCGCCGCUCGGCACGCCGCCGAUGCCAUUGGCAGCGCGAAUUGCCGAAUCCAAUGCGAAGAUUCACUUGGAUUCAUCCACGUACAAAGAACUCAUGCUGUGGCCGCAAUUCCACAACGGCGUCGCGACAGCGCUCCGACUGCCCUCGGCACGACACGCCACCACGACCGUGACUGCGCAGUGGAUCUUCUCGCACAAGCCGAAACAGGCAGGAACGGAAAACCUCGAAUUGACCUCGGCCCACGCUGGAUUUCUUCUCGGGCUGGGGCUCCUGGGACACUUGAACCAGUUGAGUCAAAGCGCCAUCUUCCAGUACUUGUCUGUGGACCACGAACUCACGUCAGUGGGGCUGCUGCUUGGUCUGGCGGCCACGACGGUGGUGGCACGACCGAAAGAUUUGAACUUGGAACGAUCGGCGACACGAAUUCUGUCGCUGCACAUUCCGUCGAUGCUCCCUCCAACGUACUCGCACGUAAAUAUUACGCCUUCCGUGCAAACUGCGGCGUUGAUUGGGCUCGGGUUGGUGUACCAAAGCACGGGCAAUCGCAACAUGACCGAAAUGAUGCUGUCGGAAAUUGUGUCGGCGCCAGUCGUGAUGUCGUCGACGUCGUCCCAGCCCACGGUCGAUUUGAGUCAAAAGGAAGGGUAUGCGCUGGCGGCAGGGAUGGCGGUGGGACUGAUUGCGCUGGGUCGACGGAGCGACCCUGGUUUGGCGGAUUUGAAUGUGGAGGCGAAAUUGGUCAAAUAUAUGGUCGGCGGGUCCCACAAGACUCGGCAGGUGCCGGGCAACUGCAUCUUGCGCACUCGCGCCAAGUCUGCGACGCACGAAUACGUCGACAUGGACGUGACAGCGGCUGGCAGUGCAUUGGCGUUAGCCUUCAUGUACCUCCAGAGCAACAACGACCGCGUUCGCAAGCAGCUCGAGAUUCCAAAUACUGUCGUCCUGCUCGAGGCAUUGCGACCCGAUCUGUUGUUUGUGCGGGUGGUAUCGUCCAACUUAGUGGCGUGGGAUGCAAUUCAACCCUCACUGCCUUGGAUCGAAGCCCACCAACCAACGAGUUUACAACGAUCCGACGUCGAUGCCCCAACGGCACAGGAAGCGUAUGCCAACAUUUUGGCUGGCGCUUGUUUUAGCAUUGGGCUGAAAUAUGCAGGAUCGCAUGACCCGGAUGCCAAGGCAUUGUUGCUGCGGUGCAUCUCCGACUAUUGCGAGUGGCGCUCCAAGGCAAAAGCUGUGAGCCGAGUCACGUGCGAGCGUUGUUUGGGCGUCCUUGCUCAAUCCGUGGGGCUUGUUAUGGCAGGAAGUGGCGACUUGGCCACUCUACAAGCGCUUCGAGUUGUAUUAUUGCGACAGAAAGCGGACGCGAUGGCCGACGUCACGUACGGCAACCACAUGUCUGUGAGUAGUGCUCUGGGCCUGUUGUUUUUGGGCGGCGGUCGGUGCUCGUUAAAGACGACUCCAUUCGGCAUCGCCAUGCUUGUCAUUGCGCUCUAUCCCAUGUAUCCGUGCAAAACGUCCGACCAAAAGUACCAUUUGCAAGCGCUGCGGCACUUGUACGUGCUCGCAAUCGACUCGCACCGAUUUGUCGAGACCAUCAACGCCGAUACGGGCUUGCUCUGCCCUGUGGACGUAGCGAUCUCCAAGAAAGGAACCGUGUCAGAGGUUGUGAUUCGAACCCCCCACUUGCUCCCUGCAUUUGACAAGCUCGCUAUCACGUCAACCCGCCACUUUCCCAUCACAGUCGACGCGACCAAAAACGAGAACGGCACUGCCAAUGCUUGCCGCCUGCGCACCCUCGACGAGCACCGGCGCAUCUACGUAAAGUGUAAACGGGGCAAGUUGGACAGCCCCCAGCUCACGCUCCUGCAGCAGUUUCACCGGUGGUUUGUUUCGCCCGAGACACCUCACUGCACCAUGCACGCGUUUUGCAAGCGGGUGUGGCUCGAAUGCCAAAUGCAGCACAAACCCCACGUGUUGUCGGUGUACUUGAACGCAAAGCAUACGGAAGCGGCCGUCCUCGACGGCUCCUUGACGCACUCUUUGAACGUCGCGACGCUACAGCUCAUGCACUUGCACAUGGAGCUGGAAGCGCAUGUUUUCCAGUACGAAGAACAUACUGCGGCCGUCGCAGAUGUGGAAGGGAUCACGAUGGCCCAGCUCGUCAACGAAGACUUCAUCCUGGGAUACACGAAUGCGCUCUUGCGGUACUUUACUAGCCUUGGCGGUGACGAUCAGUCUUCGCUCGCGCAUUGCGCGCAUCGGCGCUUCUCUGGGGAUCCAGGUUUAGCCGACUUGGAGUAGAUGGACGUCGCCAGUGUGUUAGCAGUUUAACUUGCUUUGUUUGGUGCUUGCUUUGACAUUGCAUGGAGACGUGGAAAGAGAUCGCUUUCGUGUUCUUUGAUAUGAAACCAGCAUCGACAUGGGCUGCUUGACGAUGCUGAGCUGUGU